UAUUUGCCUGCCAUCCGCCACCGCGUCCGGGAAAGCCGGGAGAUGGAGUGCGCUUGUGAGUCCAUCUCGGUGCGGAGUAGGAGUAUGUAGACCGGCUCGGCGAGGGGGCGUGAUAGCUGGCCGAUGCAUUUACGCAAUCGUGUGAAAUCCGGAUCAAUUAAUCGAGCCCAGCGAUAGGAGUCCCACGCAAGCAACUCCGCUCCUCUUUAACGCCCUCCACCACGUCUCAACUCUCAACCCCUCCCUCGUCUCGCCUUCGCUUUGCCGGUUUUGCCUACACCAACCUCUCGCAAGCUCCUUCCCCAGCUCGCCAGGUAAGCUAUACCAAGCUAACACGUACGUGCAUUACAGCCUGGUUGCUUCCCUUGCUAGUUUCUCCGUUCGGUCUCAACCUGUGGCUACGAGGGCAGCGCUAAUAGCUAGGUAGCUAGCUCGGCCUCGGCCCCAUCCAUGAAUCCUCUCGCUAGCCAAAAGCCUGCACGGUCGCCAUGAGACAACCUACCACCGCCGUCUCCGUCAUCCUCCUGUGGCUCGCCCUGCUCACCGUCGCGUUCCACGGCUGCGGUGGCUUGCUGGUGAGGCGAACAGUCUCGGUCGCCAUCCCGGCAAGGAAGAUGCUGCUUGCCGUGACGAGCUUCGACGCUGCAGCGUCUUCAUCAACUGGUCACCACCAUCACCAGAAUCAGCAGCGGCAGCAUCACCAACACCAUCAGCAUCACCACCACCAUGUCGACCGAUGGAACCGGCAGGGAAUCCCACCGUCCUCUGUUGGCAAGGGCGAGGAGAUCGAUCCGCGGUACGGCGUGCAGAAGAGGCUGGUGCCUACAGGCCCGAACCCAUUGCAUCACUGAGAGGUCGGCACGCGCUCAGCACAUGCAUGGAUCGAGGACUUUUUCAUGGUCGCCCAGGCCGAUCAGACUCGAAUUCGUCGGUGAGUGGAGCACAUCAUCCUGCUGUGGGUUUUGAUCAACCGAGUUUCGAGUCCAAUAUUCUUUUGAUUGUGGAGUGGAUGGGUGCGGAAGGAAGCCUUGUUGGUGUGGCCAUCAUAUUCAUCGGACAUGGUGCGUUCAUGUAUGUAAUCUUGGUCUCAAAGCUGCAAAGCAAGUGAAACGAAAGACAGAGGAUAAUCUCUAUUCUCUGCUCAGUAGGUAUAGUAGCUAAAUAUAUACUCUCUCCGUUUUAAAUCAUAGGUCGUUUUGAUUUUUCUAGAUUCAUAAAUAUUAUUAUGCAUCUAGACAUACACUAUAUCUAAAUACAUAAUAAUAUCCAUGAAUCUAAAAAGGCUAAAACGACCUAUAAUUUGGAACGGAAGGAGUAUAUAAGUUAUGCUGAUGAGAGAGGAUAUAUAUGCUUAUGCUUUUGGUUUCUUUCUUCCAUCCCAAUUACAUUUUUUUCUAUUCCUCGAUCAAAAUCUUUACAUGAGUAAGAAUUGUAAAUAUA